AUGCUCGCUCAAAUGGUCAACUUACAGAGUGGAAUCAGAGUGAUCAGUCUGCCACAGGCAUCGGAUAUACCGACACCUGGAACUGAUGUUUUCAUUGUUGGUUAUGGAAGGGAUGAUAACGACCGUGAUCCGUCGCGUAGAGCUGGUGGGAUUUUGAAGAAAGGUCGAGCGACUGUAAUGGAAUGCCAACAUUCCACCACUGGGAAUCCUAUUUGUGUGAAGGCGGUGUAUGUGUUCGGGCAAAUCACCGCACCAGGUGACAGUGGUGGACCUCUCCUUCGAUCUCCUCAAGGUCCAGUCCUUGGCGUUGUAUCACAUGGUGUCACACUCUCAAACCGUCCAGAUGUUCUUGUUGAGUAUGCUAGUGUGGCUAGAAUGUUGGGCUUUGUGAACUCCAAUAUUUGA